GACUGGUUAGGUUAGCGAUCGCUGUCCAACUGGCUGACAGGCGUAUCAGCUCAGACUUGGCUAUCAUCUCUAACAGUUCUCUCAGACAGUUUGACUGACCGGCCCCAUCUGGUUAGCUUUAGUGCUGUCCGCAGGGAAGCGCGGCGAAACAUUUUGUUGCGGAAAUUAGCUUACAGUCUUUAGAUAGUCUCCACCUGUUAUUUGCUACAUUCGAGGGGCUAAGUUAGCUAACGCCAACGUUACGGGUGCUAGCUCACGUUAGCUAAUUGUGUUUAUUUCAACCCUGCUGCGUAUCAUACCAAGGUUGUCAACAUGCUGCAGUGAGUGAUGUACAGAGCAUUGAUAUUAAUAAUGGCCAUUGUGGGGGUGCAGGGAUGUUCCAGUCCAGACAGCUGCACAACUCUGCCGCCCAACACCACCUCCAGGGAAUAUUGUUACUCAGCCCGAAUACGCAGCACAGUACUCCAGGGCUUGCCUUUCGGAGGGGUGCCCACUGUUCUUGCCCUUGACUUUAUGUGCUUCUUGGGACUGCUGUUUGUGUUCUCCUUCUUGAGAAAAGUAGCAUGGGACUAUGGGCGGCUGGCUCUGGUGACAGACGCUGACAGAAGAAUGGAUCAGCGAUACAGUCGCCUGGAUGAUCGGGAAUAUGUGGCCUCUGCCAUGACAUCAGAGACAGCAGAACGCUAUGAGCGCCUCACCUCAGUUUCUAGCUCUGUGGACAUUGAGCAGAGAGACACAGGCUUCUGCUCCUGGCUUACUGCCAUCUUUCGUAUCAAGGACGAGGAGAUAAGGGAGAAGUGCGGUGAGGAUGCAGUGCAUUACCUGUCCUUUCAGCGCCACAUCAUUGGCCUGCUGGUAGUGGUGGGAGUGCUCUCUGUGGGCAUCAUCUUACCAGUGAACUUCUCAGGAAACCUACUUGAAAACAAUGCCUAUAGUUUUGGGCGAACCACUAUAGCAAAUUUGGAUGCGGAUAAUGCACUACUGUGGCUGCACACCACCUUUGCAUUUCUCUACCUGUUACUGACGGUGUACAGCAUGAGACGGCACACAUCCAAGAUGCACUACAAGGAGGAUGACCUGGUGAAACGCACUUUAUUUGUCAAUGGAAUCUCCAAAUACGCGGAGGAGUCGGAGAUCAAACAACACUUUGAGCAUGCAUAUGAAAACUGUGUUGUACUGGAAGCUCGCAUCUGUUACGAUGUGGCCAGGCUGAUGUCUCUCAAUUCUGAGAGGAAGAAGACAGAGCGCAGCAAGAAAUUCUUCCUUGACCUGCAGGCCAAGGAGCACGACAUCACCAUGAUCAAUCCAAAACCCUGUGGACACCUUUGCUGCUGCAUCAUCAAAGGCUGCGAGCAGGAAGAAGCAGUGAGCUACUACACCAAGCUGGAGGCACAACUAAAAGACGAAUACAGAAAGGAGAGAGAAAAGGUUAACAGGAAGCCCUUAGGAAUGGCCUUUGUCACCUUCCAGAAUGAGUCCAUAACUGCCACUAUCUUGAAAGACUUCAAUGCUUGCAAGUGUCAGGGCUGUCAUUGUCGUCGGGAGCCCAAGUGCUCUCAAUUCAGCGCCAAGCUCCACACCCAUAACUGGACUGUCAGCUAUGCCCCUGAUCCACAAAAUGUCUACUGGGAGCAUCUGUCAGUGGGAGGAGUCUCCUGGUGGAUCCGAUGCCUUAUCAUCAACAUUGUCCUCUUCAUCCUACUCUUCUUCCUCACCACCCCGGCCAUCAUCAUUUCCACCAUGGACAAGUUCAAUGUUACCAAACCAGUGGAGUACCUAAAUAAUCCAAUCAUCACCCAGUUCUUCCCCACCCUUCUUCUGUGGUCCUUCUCCGCCUUACUUCCUACCAUUGUCUACUACUCUGCCUUCUUUGAAGCCCACUGGACCCGGUCAGGAGAGAACAGGACCACAAUGCAUAAAUGCUACACUUUCUUGAUCUUCAUGGUCUUGUUGCUGCCCUCCCUCGGACUCAGCAGUUUGGAUGUUUUCUUCCGCUGGCUUUUUGACAAACGAUUCUUAGCAGAUGCUAAAGUCAGAUUUGAGUGUGUGUUCCUUCCUGACAAUGGAGCCUUCUUCGUGAACUAUGUCAUUGCGUCUGCAUUCAUCGGUAAUGCCAUGGACCUGCUGAGGAUUCCCGGUCUACUUAUGUACAUGAUCCGCCUCUGCUUGGCUCGCUCUGCAGCAGAGAGGAGGAAUGUCAAGAGGCACCAAGCCUAUGAGUUCCAGUUCGGGGCAGCCUACGCCUGGAUGAUGUGUGUCUUCACCGUGGUCAUGACCUACAGCAUCACCUGCCCAAUCAUCGUCCCUUUCGGGCUGAUGUACAUGCUGCUGAAACACCUAGCGGACAGGUACAACAUGUACUACGCCUAUCUGCCGUCCAAACUGGACAAAAAGAUCCAUUCUGGAGCCGUCAACCAAGUGGUGGCCGCUCCUAUUCUCUGUCUGUUUUGGCUUUUGUUCUUCUCCACUGUUCGCUCGGGGUUUUCAGCUGCAACAUCCAUGUUCACAUUCGUAGUUCUGAUCAUCACAAUCAUUAUCUGCCUCUCUCACGUCUGCUUCGGACAUUUUAAAUAUCUGAGUGCUCAUAACUACAAGAUUGACACCCAGGAUGUGGAUGGGCCAGAGAAUGGGCGUCCAGUGUGCGCAUCUGCCGCCAACAAGGCAGCACAAAUGUACAUCGCUGAGGUACUUCAAGACCCAAAUUCGGAGGAGGCUGGCUCAGGCAGCGGUGAGGACGACGGCCAAGGGUCCUCGCAGGACGAGGAAAUAAUCAAUGUUGAAAAUGGCCUGAAUGAGGACUUCCAGUCUGGUGAGGACAGCCUCAUUGAUAAUGAAGUGCGGCACUGA